CUCACUUACAUACACAGAUAAUAAAUUCUAAAAUUUCAGGGUGAGGACCAUCAUCACACAGACUUUUUUUUUGGUAUUUUUUUAUUUUAUUUUUAUUUUAUUUUAUAUUUCUUUCUUUCUUACAACUCAAUUCGAAAUAAUCUCGUUACAUCAUGAGUUUAAAUAACUUGGAUUCGAACUCUAUUAUAGACCAUCUCGAAGAAGAAACAAAUAUUUUCGAGCAACAAGACUUUAGCGAAGAUGUGUUACCAUUUUUAUUACAAGCUGACGAUAUUAUAGCUAAGCUUGAAUCUAGAGUAAAGGAAUUAGAAAAUGAUUUAUCUACAAUUCAUCAUAAAUAUGAACAUGAUAGGAAUGAAUGGUUAAUUGGUCUUUCUCAAAAAGACCAAUAUAUAACUUAUUUAUCUGGAAAAUUACAAAAAUCAGAAUUCAAUAGUAAAGAAACAAUUUUGUUAUUAUCCGAUUUGAAUGAUGGCAAUACAAUAUUAGAUGAACAAGUGAAAUCAACUCUUAAUUUAUGUUUAAAUUAUCUUCGUCAAAAUGAAAUACAACGACAGUCAAUAAUAGUAACAGAUAUAAAUAAUGAUGAUUUAGAAGAAGGAGAAUUAGAAAGAAGACAAACAGCUGUACUUGAAUGGAGACGUAAUGACAAUCAUAAAUCAUGUGAUAAUACUAUGAUAGAUGACAAUUUUAUUAUGAACAAUAGAUUCUCUUCUUCUUCUUUUUCCUCCUCUACUACUGAUAAAAUAUCAUUUUCUGAUUCACAGAUAAAUAAUUCUCAACCAACAACACUCUUUGAUGAAGACCAUUCUAACUUUUGUACAAAUUGUAAACAACUUUUAUCACAAUUGGAUAUUCAAGUAGAAAAACAAGCUUAUUUAAAACGAGAUCUUAAUUCUCUUGCCUCUGUUUUAUCAACAGAAGAAAAUAUUCGAGCUAUGGUUGAACAAGAUAAAAAAGCAAUAGAAGAAGAUGUAGCUGAUGUUACUACCUCAUUAUUUGAAAUCCUUAAUGAAAUUUUAAUGGAAGAGGUUACUAACAAAGAAAAUGUACUUCAAAUGAAUCGAGAGACAAAUGGAAAAUUAGGUUUUAUCUUGGAUACAUGGGAUUUUCGAGAAAUAAGAUUAAAGCAGAUAAAAGACUUUUUAAUAGAAUUAGACUCCAUUGUAUCUCAAAGCACGCAUGCAAGUUGUACAAUUUCUCAUCGUUAUUCUUUACAGCCUUCUUCUAUUACUACUACAACUAUCACUACUACUAAUACUAAUACUAACACUAACACUAAUAUCAAUACUCGUUUAACAAAUCGCACAAGUAUUAGUCAUCCUCGAGUAUCAAUGGACCAAGCCAUUCAUCAUGAUAAUUCAACUAUUCGAAUUGAUGGAUUUAUCUUAUCCGAAUUUCAAGAACAUUUAAAAAUUCUUAAUACAACAACAAAUCCUUUACCAAUGUCUCCAUUUUUUAAAAGAGUAUUAAUAGAAGAUAUUGAACCCUGCUUAUUCUUUCAAGGCUGGUGGAAAUCUGCUUGGUUUAAGAAGAGAUUACUGGAUGCUAUUUCUAAAGGUCAAUGUGAGAUUCAAGAAUGGCAUCAUCAACAACAUCAUCAUGAUACUCAUUCAAAUUAUACAACUACAUCUUCAUCCUCUAAUAUGAGUAAUAUAUCACCUGCAACAAGUCAUAUUUCAUCAGUAUCCUCCUAUCACUAUCAUUUUAAUACAUUAGCAGUACCUAAAACAAAAUGUGCAUGUUGUAAUAAGCUGAGAAUAUGUGAAUUUAGAAUGCGUCUGCCUGUUAUUAAAAGUUCAAUAAAAAAAUCCUCUGUGGAACAACAGUCAUGGUUACCUAUUGAUAGAUUUUGUAGAGAUAAACUAGUAGCUGUAUGUGAAUAUUAUAACUUUAUGAGUCAUUUGAAGCUCUUCUUGACGUCUACACCACUUUUGAAUAUGUUUAAACAAGUUAUGCUGUAUAGAAGAAAAAUGAGUUUAGCUAAAAUAGGGUCGAUUGAAUUGUUUGAAGAAGAAGCUAAAAUUAAUCACAGAUUAAGUUCUUCUUCAAAUGCAUCGUUAUCUAAAAGACAACGACAACAAAGACGUCAAAAUAGAGAAAGUAUUGUGUUAGUAGAUUAUUCAGGCUUUGGUGAUGGUAGUAGCAGUAGUGAUACAGCAAGUGUAGUUAGUAUCAGAAGCGAGCUUCAAGCUUUAGAUGGACAUCAAGUAGCUAUUGUUCAUUAAGAUGUACUACUUUAUUCAUAUAUACUUUUUCUUUUUAUAUCUCAUUUAUACCUUCAUUUGAAUGUACAAUUCUUUUUUUAUUAUUAUUAUAUGUAUACCAUUAUUUAUAUAUAGAAUUACAAGAUUAAUAGCAAUAAAGACCCAUCAUCCUUUUAUUAUAAUAAGAAGAAGAG